AUGGCGGUGGUGGCGGCCCCGGCCCGCUGCGUGGAUCCCGGCGACGCCUGCGCGGUCUGGAGGGGGGGGAUAGUGAUGCCCGACGGAUGGGAGGGGGUGAUCGGCGCGGCGUCGGGGACGACAGCCGGGACCACGGACGGGAGCGAGGCAGAAUCAAGGGCGCUACCUGUUGAGUCUGGGGAUUCUGCGUCGCAACAGGCCGCCCAGGUUGAGGGGAUCACGUCGAGGGACAUCGGGCUGCGCGCGGCUGGCUGCACCAAAACGGACGGGUCAUCGGACAAGGGACGCGUGAGGUGGGCGAAAUUGGGUUUCGCCGCGGGAGCCGCUAACCUUUGUCUGAUAUUCUAUUGGCUGGGUUACUCGAGAAGCACGUUCUACCGGCUAUACACAGCUGAGUCCAUGAUUCUGUUCAGUGCUCGAUGGGUCACCUUCAAACGAGAGAAGAAACAUUACUACAUGUUCGACUUUUGCUAUGCUGCCAACGCCUUGCUCAUGCUGUUCCUGUGGGGGUGGCCACAGUGCGUCUGGCUACACAAGGUACUAUUCGCAUACAAUGCUGGUCCCCUAGCAUGGUCCAUCGUGGCUUUCCAGAACUCCAUUGUUUUCCACAGUCUGUAUGAGUGGACGUCGCUAUUGAUCCAUUGGUACCCCAUGCUUGUGUCAUGGGUGCUUCGCUGGGAUGAGGGUUCCUGUGAACUGUACAGCACCUGCGAUGUGACAACAGCAGGAUGGUGGGAAUGGACAAACGUGGCAGAAAGGUGGAGCUGGAAUGACUUAUUCGAGCUGGGUGUCCUCCCAAUGGCACCCUAUUUGGUGUGGGCCACACUGUACUACCUCAAAAUAUUUGUGAUCUCGUCGAAGAAGAUAGAACAGAGGGGUUACGAAACCCUGUACAAGUACACCACCACAGAACAUGCACUCUGCAAGAAGGUCAUCCAUAGGUAUCCCUUGCGACUUCAGCCCUUGGCGUACAUGGGCUACCACUCACUCCUGUGCUGGUCCUCCAUGGCCAUCAGCGUCAUUUUUUGGUACUUCCCAUGGGUCCACACUGGUCUCAUUCUGGUCACCACUGGCGCAUCUUUCUGGAACGGCGCCAGUUAUUACCUUGAGGCGUCCGUUGUCCUGGAAGACAGCCAAGCAUGUGGUGCCAAAGACAAGCGCAAGUGA